AUGCACGACUGGGCGCCAGAGCGUUGCCACCACAAGAUGAGUGGUGUGAGCCAAAAUGAGUGGAAUAAUAUGAAGGGGGUGCAGCUGCGCCCAGCCACACUCUCCUACCUGUCGGAGUGCGCCGGGUUUCAGUACAUGGCACCUGUGCAGGCGCAAACCGUCCCGCUGCUGCUUCGCAACUACGAUGUUGUGGUGGAGGCCAUUACAGGCAGUGGAAAGACGCUUGCGUACUUGUUACCUUGUCUCGAAAUGCUGCAGAGUGAUCGCGUGGUUCAGAUUUGCAGCGAACAUAAAAAUGCCGUUGUGUCCAUCAUUGUUCUUCCAUCGCGCGAGUUGGCCCAACAGGUGCAUGCGCUUGCAAGGAAGAUGCUCCACUUUGUUUCACACGUUUAUGGGGACGGAAAGACCGGGCUUCCAAAGUACUCGUGCCAGUGUUACAUUGGUGGCCGCGAUAUCACAGUGGAUGUGAAUGUGUUCAACAAAACGGGGGGUCAUGUUUUGAUCGGCACGCCGGGACGACUCUACGAACUGUUGGUAUCCUCAAAAUACACGAGUCUCUUUAAUUUUGCCGGCUUUGAGCUGCUUAUUCUUGAUGAGGCAGAUAAACUACUGGAGUUCGGCUUCAAGGCAAAACUGGACGCCAUACUUAAACGGCUGCCGAAGCAACGGCGCACCGGACUUUUCAGUGCCACGCAGACGAAGGAGUUGGCAGAACUGGCUCGUGCGGGGAUGCGGAACCCGGUGUCCGUCACGGUGCGCGUGAGCUCCCUAAACUCCGCCGGUAUGAACGAGGCCAAACCGCAGAUUCCAGAGUUGCUUUGCAACUACUACACCUUCACACGGGCAUCAGAGAAGCUGGAUCGUUUGAUUGCAUUUCUUCAGGAGCGUCGUGAACAAAAAAUUAUUGUCUACGUAAUGACGUGCGCCAGCGUGGACUGGCUUUACACGACUCUUGCUGAUGUGCUACUGCAGGAGGACGCAGAAAACAUUUUUGCUUUGCAUGGGCAGAUGAAGCUUGAGAAGCGUCAACGGGUGCAACGGGCCGUGACACGGGCAAAGCGUUGCGUUCUCGUCUGCACAGACGUGGCAGCACGAGGAUUAGACAUUCCUGAGGUCGGAGUAGUACUGCAGUAUGAUCCUCCCGUUGACCCAUCAACGUUUAUUCACCGCAUUGGCCGUACAGCUCGAAUGGGGCGCCAAGGGGAAAGUCUCGUUUUUUUGAUGCCGCAGGAGUUGGAGUAUGUCGCUUUUAUGAAGCUGCAAAAUGUGUCACUGCAGCCAUACGAUGAAGAAAAGGAUGGUAUAGAGGCUGCUCUGGAAAUUGUGCGUCAGAUGAACGCCAAACGUACCUUAAUGAGCUCGCAGCAGGAGAGACGCAAAAACAUUCAACAGGUUCACAGGGAUCAGAAGCUGAAUCGCAAGGAACGUCGUGAGAAGCUACGAAAGGAGCGCGAGGCGGCGCGUGGUAGGGACUCUCAUAUGGCGCGAAAAGAAGUUGUGGGGGAUUUGUGCGAGAGUCCAUCGAUUCUUAAGUUGAGACAUGCAGUUAGGGAUGAUGUGGAUGACAAACUGCUUGGGUUGGCGACGCGAGCGUUUGUUUCGUUUAUUCGUGCAUACAAGGAACACGAGUGUCGGUACAUAUUUCAACUGCAGCUGAUUGACCUCACAGAUCUGACACACGGCUUUGCGCUUUUUAAGGUUCCCAACUGUGGUGAAAUCAAGCAUAUGCGACUACUGCGGAUUCCUUUACAGGAUGAGCUGCAGGAGGUUCUGAAGAUUGUUAACGCGCGGACGCGCGAGCGGCAAGAACGUAGGACUCAACUGAGUGGUGUGCGGCGUCCACAUAAUGAGGCGCGGGAUGGAGAUGCUACCCUGCUGAACAGUGAGGGGGCAGAGGCAGAGCAAAGCCCCCAGAAGCGACACCGCACGGAGCGCAAUGAGAAGUUAGAGGCUCUGAAGUUGACAAAAAUGACCCGCGGGGAGCGGAGCCGGGCGUGGAAGCAGGCUGAACUUGACGAGCUUCUGAAGGACAGUUAUUAUGUGAAGAAGGAGCGGCAGGGCAAGCUUAACAGCCGCACCGUGGACACCAUCAUGGGCGUUGAUGCACUUGAGAACGCACUGCUGAGCUCUCGUGAACGGCAGGAGACAAAAAAAAUCCGCCGCGGGACGAGGUAA